CUCGGGCCCUCCGAUUGGCUGCCGCAGCUAGCACGCCAGCUCCAGUCCCUCCCCUAGGGAGCGAACGCGCCGCUCCGGCAUCUGCUAUUGGCCGGCGGCUGAUCACUGGAGAUUCCAUCGUUAGUGCUGAGGCAGUAUGGGAUCACGUCACCAUGGCCAACCGGGAGUUGGCAUUUAAGGCUGGCGACGUCAUCAAAGUCUUGGAUGCUUCCAACAAGGAUUGGUGGUGGGGCCAGAUCGACGAUGAGGAGGGAUGGUUUCCUGCCAGCUUUGUGAGGCUCUGGGUGAACCAGGAGGAUGGGGUGGAAGAGGGGCCCAGUGACGUGCAGAAUGGGCACCUGGACCCCAACUCAGACUGCCUCUGUCUGGGCCGGCCACUACAGAACCGGGACCAGAUGCGGGCCAAUGUCAUCAAUGAGAUCAUGAGCACUGAGCGUCACUACAUCAAGCAUCUCAAGGACAUUUGCGAGGGCUACCUGAAGCAGUGCCGGAAGAGAAGGGACAUGUUCAGCGAUGAGCAACUGAAGGUAAUUUUUGGGAACAUUGAAGACAUCUACAGGUUUCAGAUGAGCUUUGUGAGAGACCUGGAAAAACAGUACAACAAUGAUGACCCCCACCUCAGUGAGAUAGGACCCUGUUUUCUAGAGCACUGGGGGACCAGUUCCUUUGUCCCCGAUUUUGAUCACUGGUGUCUGUCCAUGAUGCAAGGACUUAGGAAAGUGUUGUGA